AUGUCAUCUCCAGCUGGGUUGCAGGCUCAGCAGUCCCAAACAAACUUCCUUGCCCGAUGGAUGCCGAGCAGCUCCCGUGCCGGGGUUAUCUUGAACGCCUCCCAGGACCUGGCUGAGUCUCUUCGACACAGCUCUGUCUGGAGGUCCCGGGACGUGAAUGACUCCUUUGCCUCUCAGUUUGUUCCCCUCCCGGUCUCCAGUAGUAGCAGUUGCCUCAGUGUCAGUUCCCUCGUCCAUUAUGCUGAGCCCGGGACAGAAUUGAGCAAACAACAGAAUCAGCGACCGGGGGAUAGGACUUUGUCUGACAGACAAUUUGCUGGACUGCAUACAGUGUCUCAAGGGUUGACAUUACCUGGAGAGAUGGACAGUAUGGAGAAGUUUGUAGAGCAGUCUCAGGACCUACCCCUAAUGCUCAAACUUGAACAGGUAAGAAAACAGUAUUGAAUGGGUUCAUAAAAUAUUUGAGAUUCAUGAUGACUGUUUGGAAUGGCUUGUCACUUCCAGAUAGGUAGGCCUACGUCUAGUGUUGUAGCGGUGCUUAUGGGUACUGUAUGUGCUGUGUGUACAGCUGAGGCAGUGGCAGCAGCACAUGCAGGAGCAGCUGAAAGCCCACCAGCUGGAGGAACUCGUCCAUCUCCAGGAGGAGCAACAAAGGUUACUGGGCAUGGUGCAUGUGGCUCAGCAGAAUGGGGCAGGUACUGAAAUCACACUCAGUGUUAUUGCCGUAUUAUUGCUGUGUUAUUACUCAGCAGGCUGGAUGGAGCAGGUACAGUGAGGGGAAAAAAGUAUUUGAUCCCCUGCUGAUUUUGUACGUUUGCCCACUGACAAAGAAAUGAUCAGUCUAUAAUUUUAAUGUUAGGUUUAUUUGAAUAGUGAGAGACAGAAUAACAACAAAAAAAUCCAGAAAGACGCAUGUCAAAAAUGUUUAAUGGAUUUGCAUUUUAAUGAGGGAAAUAAGUAUUUGACCCCUCCGCAAAACAUGACUUAGUACUUGGUGGCAAAACCCUUGUUGGCAAUCACAGAGGUCAGACGUUUCUUGUAGUUGGCCACCAGGUUUGCACACAUCUCAGGAGGGAUUUUGUCCCACUCCUCAUUGCAGAUCUUCUCCAAGUCAUUAAGGUUUCGAGCCUGACGUUUGGCAACUCGAACCUUCAGCUCCCUCCACAGAUUUUCUAUGGGAUUAAGGUCUGGAGACUGGCUAGGCCCAGUGUUUUGGGUCAUUGUCAUGCUGGAAUACCCAUCCAGGACCCAUUUUCAAUGCCCUGGCUGAAGGAAGGAGGUUCUCACCCAAGAUUUGACGGUACAUGGCGCCGUCCAUCGUCCCUUUGAUGCAGUGAAGUUGUCCUGUCCCCUUAGCAGAAAAACACCCCCAAAGCAUUAUGUUUCCACCUCCAUGUUUGACGGUGGGGAAGGUGUUCUUGGGGUCAUAGGCAGCAUUCCUCCUCCUCCAAACACGGCGAGUUGAGUUGAUGCCAAAGAGCUCGAUUUUGGUCUCAUCUGACCACAACACUUUCACCCAGUUUUCCUCUGAAUCAUUCAGAUGUUCAUUGGCAAACUUCAGAUGGGCCUGUAUAUGUGCUUUCUUGAGCAGGGGGACCUUGCGGGCGCUGCAGGAUUUCAGUCCUUCACGGCGUAGUGUGUUACCAAUUGUUUUCUUGGUGACUAUGGUCCCAGCUGCCUUGAGAUCAUUGACAAGAUCCUCCUGUGUAGUUCUGGGCUGAUUCCUCACAGUUCUCAUGAUUAUUGCAACUCCACGAGGUGAGAUCUUGCAUGGAGCCCCAGGCCGAGGGAGAUUGACAGUUCUUUUGUGUUUCUUCCAUUUGCGAAUAAUCGCACCAACUGUUGUCACCUUCUCACCAAGCUGCUUGGCGAUGGUCUUGUAGCCAAUUCCAGCCUUGUGUAGGUCUAGAAUCUUGUCCCUGACAUCCUUGGAGAGCUCUUUGGUCUUGGCCAUGGUGGAGAGUUUGGAAUCUGAUUGAUUUCUUCUUUGGACAGGUGUCUUUUAUACAGGUAACAAGCUGAGAUUAGGAGCACUCCCUUUAAGAGUGUGCUCCUAAUCUCAGCUCGUUACCUGUAUAAAAGACACCUGGGAUCCAGAAAUCUUUCUGAUUGAGAGGGGGUCAAAUACUUAUUUCCCUCAUUAAAAUGCAAAUCAAUUUAUAUCAUUUUUGACAUGCGUUUAUCUGGGUUUUGUUGUUGUUAUUCUGUCCCUCACGGUUCAAAUAAACCUACCAUUAAAAUUAUAGACUGAUCAUUUAUUUGUCAGUGGGCAAACGUACAAAAUCAGCAGGGGAUCAAAUACUUUUUUCCCCUCACUGUAGCUACAGUUAUUGAAUUUGACACCUCUGAUUUAGACAAGACUGUGAUUUCUCACAGAUUACAUAGAGACCUCCAGGUUGACGGGAGCAGACUGGGGAGAGAACACUCUACUGGGGGGCUCCCCCCUCUCUCACAGACCCCCAGCAGCCAAGAGCUUCCCUAUAGGCCCCCCACAAGGGCCUGCGUCUUCCCAGCUCUGUAGACAGGGGCCUACAUUCCGGCAGCCGCCAAGGGGCCAGGAGCAGGAAGUGGAGGAACAGGACCAAAAACUGGGUAGGAAAAGUGCUCCGGUGCCUAAAAGCAUUUAAAAGUGCUUUUACAUGAGGAUGGACUUAACCUCUGUUGUACUCAAACAGGGACAGAAGCAUGGAGCAAUCCACACAAACAUCAUCAGCUGAGUGGAGAUGCUGAUCAUAGGGGUGGUGAUGAGGAGGAUGAGGAAGUCACGUUAUCUCCCCAUUCUGAUCCCUCUAUGACUGCAGACCGCAAAGCAUACAGAGGAGAUGACUGUGAACUAGACUCACAGGACAGGUAAAUGUUUAACUUCAUAUUUGAGAUGGAAAUGUCUAACAUGAUUUAUUUCACUAUUCUUAGUCAACUGACAGCACAGAAUACAAAGAAAUGAUUUGGCUGUGUGCUCCCGUGUCUCUAUGGUCGUCUCUAGGCCCAUUAAACCAGGGAUAAGGGGGCAGAAGCAGACGUUUGAGGCGCUCCUGGAGGAACAGCUGAGGCUGGAGGAGCAGAGACUGAAGACCACCCAGCAGCAGCAGGUCAGAGACAAACCCUAUUGUCACUACACUAAAUAUGGGCUGUGGAUAAACUAAAAUGGUAGCUCACCCAAAUGACAAGUUUUGAGGUUGAUUUAGGUAUGGUGGUCUUUGGAGCUACAGGACCAUUCCAUUUGUUUUGCAUGGAACAUUGCUAAUGCUAAGCUGUCUCUCCAACAGAGCCCUGAGGCAGCUGAGGGAGCCAGUCCGAGAGCUAAUACCAAGAGAGCCUUCCUGAGGCGAGGGGAGGGCCUCUCCAGAUUCACCAACCGAAGCAAAGCCCCUCUGCCCAACAGAGGGAGACCCCAAAAAGAUCCCAAACCCCAGGCCAAGGUCAGCACCCGUUGGACCUCAGAGCCCACCCAGAAGGUCAGUCAGCGCCCACCCGUACAGCGCAAGACUGCUGUGCUCAACAAGGAGAACAGACCAAGAGACCCGUGCUCACCACUCCUGGACAGUGUCAGACCAGAGGGCAAGGCAGCCAAGCCGGCCGCAGUGAGACCCAGAGUCCUGGGCAGUCACCAGAGACAGAACGUGGAGAUGACUAACUGUCUAAGGCCAAGGGAGGUGAUUAGUAACAAGGUGGGUGGGACUUCUCAGCCUGUGAGUAGAACUCCUGCAGCUGUAACUAAACAGUUUGGGCUUGAAGAGAGGACUGGAGCCCUGCAGAGGAAUGGAAGUGGUCCAUUGAGACCGGAUAGAGCAGCAGAGGGAAAUUCGGGUGUUCCGGAGUAUUCCUUUGAGCUGUCGUUCCAGGAGAAGCUGCAGCACUGGGACUGUGACCGUCAGAAGGAGAGUGUGGAGCUGGGGGAGUUUGAGCUGCUGGAGCAGGCAGCCGAGGAACUCUCCUUCUCCUCUAACUCAUCCUUCGUCAUGAAGGUUUGUAAUGUAUUUUUAUAAUGAAUGGCUUAACAUUUUAUGUAUGUUUCACAUACACUCGGUGGCCAAUUUAUUAGGUACCGGGUGGACACCCCCUUGUCUCCAGAACAGGCUGAAUUCUUCGUGGCAUGGAAACGUUGCUCAAUUGGUAUCAAGGGACCUAACGUGUGCCAGGAAAACAUUCCCCAGACCAUUAUACCACCAGCCUGUACCGUGGACACCAGGCAGGAUGGGGCCAUAGACUCAUGCUGCUUACGCCAAAUCCUGACUCGGCGAUUGUUUUUCCACUCCUCAAUUCUUGUUUUUCUUCUUGUUUUUAGCUGAUAGGAGUGGAACCUGGUGUGGUCAUCUGCUGCAAUAGCCCAUCCGUGUCAAGGACAGACGAGUUGUGUGUUCUGAGAUGCCGUUCUGCACACUGUUAUACGGCGCCGUUAUUUGCCUGUUUGUGGCCCGCCUGUUAGGUUGCACGAUUCUUGCCAUUCUCCUUCGACCUCUCAUCAACGAGCUGUUUUCGCCCACAGGACUGCCGUUGACUGGAUGUUUUGUUUGUCGCACCAUUCUCUGUAAACCCUAGACACUGUGGUGCGUGAAAAACACAAGAGGCCGGCUGUUUCUGAGAUACUGGAACUAGCAUGCCUGGCACCGACGAUCAUACCACAACGCUCAAAGUCGCUUAAGUCACUUGUUUUGCCCAUUCUAGUUCAAUCGAACAGUAACUGAAUGUCUGUCAGCCUGUUUUAUAUUCACUGACUCACUGUCUGUAGGAGCGAACAAUUUCCGUGAACAGGGUAGUGUACCUAAUAAACUGGCCCAGUGUUUCGUGGAGCGGAGUUGAAGGGGGGAGGGGGUCCCUCCUAUAAUUUUUAUGUAGAAGGACUGAGAAGCUCAGUUCUGGUGACUGUUUUUAAAAGGACAUUCUACUCCAAAAUGAAUGAAAAUAAAAGUAUGCUGACUGACACCAUCUAAAAUAUAUUUUUCACCUCCAGAAUGAGCCCAAUAACACAUUUGUAAAAUUAUUUGAACAUAUUGGGCCAUGUAUAUAGCCUAUGCAUGGUCCAUGUUAUCAGGUAUUCUAUUAGCAUGAAACAUUAUUACCUGUAGCCCAACAGAUGCAGCAGUGCAAAUAAAUAGGCUGAAGCAUGGGUUGCCUAUCUGCAUUUACCCUAUUGGGCUGAUCAUUAGUCAGAUCCCAAAUGUGAUCUUUUAACUAGUUGUUAUCCUAUUGAUGAAUUUGAUGUCCCAAAAAACAUGCAUAAACACAGUGAAUAUAAUGUAGGCCUACCUGUUAAGGUAACUUGCCACCCGGUGUAAUACGCCCCCUGCCUGUACUUCUCACAGAAACUUAAUGUCACCAUUCCCCCCCCAACAUUUUCCCUUGUUGCCACUACUCAACUAAAAAUAUUACGUCUCACCGGUGUUACUAUAGGCCCACUCUCCCCUAUGCACUCACUGCUAGUUGCAGAGCGGUAACAUGCUUAACCAUGCCACUGCUAAAAACUCUGGGUUAAAAAUUGUGUUUAUUAUGGUGUUGUCUGAUUUUUCUAUAAAUUACUUGUUUUGUUUGCAGAGAAAGUAAAUGUGGACUGUUCUAGCAUCUUCAAAGUGCACCUCAGCAGAAAUAUUUUUCAUAUUUUUUUGCCUGGUGUCAACAAUUUUACCGUGGCGCAGCGCCACAGCAAAAUGAGUGCAGCGCAAACACUGAACUAGCCACUGAGCCUAUCUACACUGUUGCUUAAUAAAUGUAAACCUACAGGUGCUGCAGCUGGACCAGCAACACCCCCUUCAGGGCAGCAGGGGGCGCCACCCGCGACGCCUCUCCUCCACGCCCAUCAAAUCCCCCUCGCCGCCUAAAGGGGUUCACAGCGGGGGCACCAGUAGAAGUGGCCAAGGCACAGGGACCAGCUCAUCUGAAUCACCAGGAGUAUCUGCUGUGAGGGCAAAGGAGGUUGUGAUGAGGGAAAACAGCAAAGCCACUGAGGAUGAUGAGGAGGAGGAGGAAGAUAAAGUGAGCGACGUCAAACAACAUGAGGAAAUCGCUGACGUCUUGUUCCGCAGUAGCUCUGAAUUCGGGGAUCGGGAGGAAGUAGCCCGACCAUCAUACCAGACUACCUUUUCCAGCAACCUCUGGGAAAACCCGCUCCCUGCAUCCAACCCUCCAUACGACAAGAGGUCAUAUCAGGACAGAGAGGGUGGCUCAGGCCAGGCAGAGGAGGGCAGGGAGAGUGACAUUGACGACUCCACCCUAUUGGAGGACAGAGAAGAGGGGGACCACGAGGGUCUGUUGGUGUUUGAUGAUGACGACACCUGGAACGACCUGGAGGAGGCUGGCAGCAUCGUUGAGGAUGACAGCAGAACAAGAGGCGCUGCUACAGGAAACCGACACACUCCCACAGCAACAGUGAAUGACAUUUCACCCCCAGAGAGGACACUGAAGAGAAAGGUGGCUGUGGCCAAAGGGACGGAGCUGGAGAGGGUGUCUGUUAUCACAGCAGCCAACCAGGAGCCAGAUCCUCCUCCCGCUUCCCAGCUCAUGGCCAGGCUGUUCCCCUCGCUAAAGCCCAAAACCCAGGCCUCUCCCCCACCUCAACCAGAGCCUAGGAAGACUGAGGACGGAUCAGGUGAGACACAGUGCAUACACUCUUAACUCAUUGGAGUACGUCAACAGCAGGGCUCUGACUUUUUUUCCCUUCCAAAGUUGGUAGCACCAGCAUAAAACUCUUUGUUUCGUGUGUGGUCAGGCCAGCAGCAGCAGUCCAGGCAGCUGAGGGAGAGGCUGCUGGAGCUGGAGCUGGAGAUUGAACGUUUCAGGACAGAGAAUGCUGCCUUGGCCAGACUCAGACAGGAGAACGAGAAGAACCAGGAGAAACUCGGGUAACAAACAUUUAGUCUGAACUGGAAUGGGCAGGGUUUCCCUCAAUAGACGGAUUGCCUGACAACGUCACAAAAACAAUGCGCGCGCACCGCAGAGGCAGAACGCUAUGUGGUUUUAUGAUUAUGGAACAAUGACAAGAAGCUGCCAUGUGGGGAAUCGUAGGUGGCUCAUUUCGCCUCGUUGCAUCUUAUUGAUACAAUGUCUUGUUUUGAGGUGCUUUGACUCAUAAUAAUAAAAUAAUAAUAAUAUGCCAUUUAGCAGACGCUUUUAUCCAAAGCGACUUACAGUCAUGCGUGCAUACAUUUUUGUGUAUGGGUGGUCCCGGGGAUCGAACCCACUACCUUGGCGUUACAAGCGCCGUGCUCUACCAGCUGAGCUACAGAGGACCACGUCGUGCUAAAAAUCGCUAGCUAGCUAACCUACAACUGUAAUGUUGAGAGACAAAUGAUCAGUGUGCAAAUGUAUUUACGUUUUCAAUAAACAUUUGGAGUGGUGUUUUGUGCUCGUGCACAUAAUUACAUUACCCAACCUCCCCCAGUAAAACGAAUCCCAUCCAAAUAGGGCUUUAGCCAACCUUGUCUCUUUUGCCCCAAGGCGUUUUGUUGCUAAACAACCCACCCGUCUAUGGUUUUCUACAAUAUUAAAUUGAUUAAUCUUGGGUAUAAAAGUGUCUGACAUAGAUUGUCUCUAUUCCAGGAAGGAGAGGGCAGAGUUUGAGCAGCGGAAGGCUGAGGAGCUGGCCAGGUUUGAGGAGUUCAAGAGGGAGGAGACCAAGAAGCUGCAGAAGGAACGCAAGGUGUUUGAGAAGCACGCCUCCGCCGCCAGAGCCAUACCAGACAAGAGGGAGCGCGACGAGAUCCAGGUGAGAGACACUUUUCCCCCUUUAUUUUGAAGAGGUCUUAUAACCCCCAUUGACCCUGCCACCGUCGCCCUCAGGCCAUGAAGAAGCAGCUGAGUUCCCUGCAGGAGGAAUUGAAGCGGAGAGAGAGCCGCUGGUCCACCACACACAGCCGUCUCCGGCAGCAGAUAGACUCCCUGAGCUCAGACAACAGUGACCUGAGAGACGAGGUCCGCACCCUGGAGAAACUACGCCUCAGCACCUGGGGGAAGAUUGGGACAGACAGCGAAAGAGAGAAAGGCAGGAGAGAGGAGAGAGAGAGGGAGGGACCCAGGCCGUUGGACAGUUACAUUGCUCUUGAAGCCAGGUGCCUCAAAUUGGCAGUGAGUUUAGAUUCAUUACUACCACCACCAUCUUGUGAUUUUCCCGUUUUAGUCUCUGUGUUCUGAUGGUCGUUAAAUUCUCUGUCCUGUGCUGGACUCCGGAUGACAACCCUAACGCAGUGUGUAUUUGUUUGUUCAGAGUCCUCCUGACACGGUGAGGAGCAGCAUUUCCUCAAAAGGCAGCCCAUCAGGACACAGCCCCUCCACUCAAGGUACAAGGAAGGUAGCUGCAAUAUGGACUGAUCAUGAUAUUUACAAUGGACUAUUUAGUAUUCAGUUAUAGGUGGAGGUAUUGUUCUACAUUGUCUGUCUUUAACAGGAGGUAUCAGGGGCAUCCUGAAGAGGUCAGGCCCUACACUAGCACCCAGCCCCGCUCACAGUUACAGUUCAGAGGAUAGACCAGCAUCUUUGACCAGCAGCCACCACCCAGCACAGAGCCACGACCACUCACACAACCUGUCCCCUGUGAGUUAGGAUGAUACACCCUUCAUCUGACAUAAAUCAUUGGCGUUUUUGAUUAUUUAAUGAAAGCACUGCCACAGCAUAGCUCAACACUGCUAUGCACCUAUAGAAUUACAUAUUAGUAAUUUAAUAGGAUCUGUGUAUAUACCACCUUUGUUGUGGAGUGCUGCUGUGGUGUUUGAAUGCACGGUCUGGCUUUACCCACAGAGGGCUCGAGGUCUGCAGACUGAGACAACCGAGGUCAAAGACCAACAAGAGCCAGGUCAGGAUGUCAUCACCCACACUGAUGGAAAGGUGAGAAGAAGGAUUGGGAGGAAAUUCUGUGAAAAUACUUUUGAAUUCAGUUUGUCACGCAAAGCAGGUAUUGUCUUGCUAAUAGAUUAUAUUAUUGGAUUUAUGUAGUGCUUUUUCAGGAGCUCAGUGCUUUCCAUUGACUUGGGUAUGUGUUCUUGUCUUAGAUGGAGAGGGUUCUGGCCUGUGGAGGGAGACUCAUCAUCUUUCCCAAUGGGACCAGGAAGGAGGUGUCAGCGGACGGACAGACAGCCAAAGUCACCUUCUUCAACGGGGACAUCAAGCAGGUCAUGGCUGACCAGAGAGUGGUAAGUCAUUGACAGUGACCCUUCCCUGGCCUUAGUGCAACACCUUUUCAUAUUCAGUGGUGUAAAUUGUAUAUUAGACUUGCAUGAAUCCCAGAUCUAUGUGUAAGUAUCUCAACUAAUAUGGUCCUCUUACAGAUCUACUACUAUGCUGAUGCUCAGACCACUCACACCACCUAUCCUGACGGCAUCGAGGUUCUGCAGUUCCCCAACAACCAGACUGGUGAGACUUUGAUUGCAUUUAUUCGAUAGUAACGUUGUUUUAUUAUUAAACUUAAAAUUAUCCCCUCUUCCACCACUGUUCUGACCCAAAACGUGUAUAAGUCCUAAUUUCCUUCUGCAGAGAAGCAUUUCCCGGAUGGCCGUAAGGAGAUCACAUUCCCUGACCAGACAGUCAAAAACCUGUAUCCAGAUGGGAGGGAAGAGAGUGUGCUCACUGACGGGACCAUCAUCCAAGUUAACUUGUAUGUCCACGGAGCUCAAACCCCUGUGUAUCUAUCUAAAUGUCACCUACACUAACUCUAGCAUGCAUCUGAUCAUUUAAAAGGUCUUGAUGAGGAGUUCCAAAUCUUUGCCUUUUUCGUGAAGUCAGUGGUUUUGUUUGGGUAUCUUUCACCACUGUCCUUAUGUUCUCCUCCAGGGAUGGCAGUAAGGCGAUCCAGUUCAACACAGGCCAGAAGGAGGUCCACACAGCCGACUAUAAGAGGAGGGAGUACCCAGAUGGCACUUUGAAGACGGUCUAUACAGAUGGCAGACAGGAGACCCGCUACCCCACCGGACGCCUCAGAGUUAAAGACAAGCAUGGAAACAUUGUCAUAGACAACAGGCCCUAGGAUUGUUUAUGAAAUAUGAGAUAUCGUCAUGGGAACUAAGGCUGAAGCACCUUUGAACAUUUCUGUUGGUGAGAGUUGUUUGACAAAUAGGUUUUUAGUGUGUUUGAGUUGAAUGUAGUGUGUGACUAUUUUAUUUGUAAAAAUGUCAAAUUCAUAUUUAUUUUCUUAGUUGAUUGUACAUUCUUUUGUAAAAUAAAUGUUUAUCAAAUCACUUGGUGUGCACAUUCAGGUAUUGUUUUAAGAGUAAGAAACAUUGAAGCAGUUUAAAAUUAAACUUCAGACAGUACUUCAGAUGUAAAAUAUUUAGAAAAUAAAGUGCUCAGCCCAUGAGGCUUCUUUACAGAUUCUGCAAAAAAAAAACUGAACUUAAAAUAAAAUGUUGAAUCACAAAGUACUUAAAUCUUUCAGGCAGCAUAAUCUCAAUGCACAACAAACAUUAAACUGAAGAACGUGUCCACAUCACAGGAGGGGUCAAAGCAGAGAGAAGUACUAGAUAUCAUAUGCAGAUUACAGAAAGGCUUGACCAAACUGAGCAGUGUUAACAUAUGUUAAACUUUCUUUGAAAAGCACUCCUGAGUGAGAUUCAAACCCACCUUUUGACAUUUGCUGUAGUGUCAGUCAGCCAGUCCUUUCUAAUUAGAGGCAGGCAGACCAGAGCUCCAUCCCCAUCAUACAGGAACACAGCCAGCUCCAGUUCAGUGGCCUAAGACAACACCAUUAUCAUUAACUACACAUGCUUCAUUAAUCACCAUUAUGAUGAUUGGCUGAGAUGGCUAACCGGACAAUGACCUAAUUGGUAUGUGAACGGUAUAUGGUGAAUAACCACAAUACAUAGAGAUUUCUGCUGCCAUCGCCCUGGUUGUGCAAAGACCAAUGUUGCCAGUGACAGUGCAUGCAAAUAAUCCACUACCAUAACUACACAGUGUCAUUGUGUAUCCAGCUUGUUAUGAUUGACACUGAUAUGACGGUGGUAACUAAGGCAGAUGUUGCUCACGGUAACGGAUGCAGUGCAGCAGGGCCGAUCAUCUCCAGGGCAGCUUCUCCAGUUUGGGGGGGGGG